AGUGCCGGAAUCGCCGCCGCCGCCGCCGCCGCCAGCGCCGCCGCAGCUGCCGCCAGCGCCGCCGCCGCCGCCUCUCAGUGCCGCGUUCGCCGCCGGGAUCGCUGCUGGCGCCGCCGCCUCCCAGGGAGCCGCCGCGGCCGGGUCGGGAGUGGAGGCGGCGCGGCAUGAGGCGGCGCGGGCCCGCUCCGUAGCGCGCGCGUCGGGACGGUCCGGGCGGGCCCCGGGGAAGGGUUGGAUGGUGAGCAAAGGAAAGACUCCUGUGAGAAGCAAGCAGGAUGAGCGGAGGGAUCUGUGCUUGAAGUUUGAGUCCCUUGAAAAAGAUCUCUUUGAAUGUGAAAGAGAUCUGAGCUGAUGAAAAUACAAUCAGGAAAAUGCACCAUGGCAGCAGCAAUGGAAACAGAGCAGCUGGGUGUUGAGAUCUUCGAGACCGCGGAGUGUGAGGAGAAUAUUGAGGCGCAGGAUCGGCCGAAGCUGGAGCCGUUCUAUGUUGAGCGGCAUUCCUGGAGUCAGCUGAAGAAGCUGCUUGCUGACACCAGGAAAUACCAUGGCUACAUGAUGGCCAAGGCGCCACACGAUUUCAUGUUUGUGAAGCGGAACGAUCUUGAUGGGCCUCAUUCGGACAGAAUCUACUACCUGGCUAUGUCUGGUGAAAAUAGAGAAAAUACACUGUUUUAUUCUGAAGUUCCCAAAACCAUCAACAGAGCCGCAGUCCUGAUGCUGUCUUGGAAGCCUCUUCUGGAUCUUUUUCAGGCAACACUGGACUACGGAAUGUAUUCUCGAGAAGAAGAGCUGUUGCGGGAAAGAAAGCGCAUCGGGACCGUUGGCAUUGCUUCUUACGACUAUCACCAAGGCAGUGGGACGUUCCUGUUUCAGGCUGGCAGUGGGAUCUAUCACGUCAAAGACGGAGGGCCUCAGGGGUUCACUCAACAACCCUUACGACCCAAUUUAGUGGAAACUAGUUGUCCCAACAUUCGAAUGGACCCAAAGUUAUGCCCUGCUGACCCAGACUGGAUUGCUUUCAUACACAGCAACGACAUUUGGAUAUCCAACAUUGUGACGAGAGAGGAGCGGAGACUCACCUACGUGCACAGCGAGCUAGCCAACAUGGAAGAGGACCCCAGGUCAGCAGGAGUGGCCACCUUUGUUCUUCAAGAGGAGUUUGACAGAUACUCCGGCUAUUGGUGGUGUCCAGAAGCUGAAACAACUCCUAGUGGUAACAAAAUUCUUAGAAUUUUGUAUGAAGAAAAUGAUGAGUCCGAGGUGGAGAUUAUUCAUGUUACAUCUCCUAUGUUGGAAACACGAAGAGCAGAUUCAUUCCGCUAUCCGAAAACUGGAACGGCAAAUCCUAAAGUCACUUUCAAGAUGUCAGAAAUAACAAUUGAUGCUGAAGGGAGGGUUAUAGAUGUCAUAGAUAAGGAAUUAAUCCAGCCUUUUGAGAUUCUGUUUGAAGGUGUUGAAUAUAUUGCCAGAGCCGGAUGGACACCAGAGGGAAAAUAUGCAUGGGCCAUCCUACUCGAUCGCUCCCAGACACGCCUGCAGAUAGUGUUGAUCUCACCUGAAUUAUUUAUCCCAGUAGAAGAUGAUGCCAUGGAAAGACAGAGACUCAUCGAGUCAGUCCCUGACUCUGUCACGCCGUUAAUCAUCUAUGAAGAAACAACAGACAUCUGGAUCAAUAUACAUGACAUCUUUCAUGUUUUUCCCCAAAGUCAUGAAGAUGAAAUUGAGUUUAUUUUUGCCUCUGAAUGCAAGACAGGCUUUCGUCAUUUAUAUAAAAUCACAUCAAUUUUAAAGGAAAGCAAAUAUAAACGAUCCAGUGGUGGACUGCCUGCACCAAGUGAUUUCAAGUGCCCUGUCAAAGAGGAAAUAGCAAUCACCAGUGGUGAAUGGGAAGUGCUCGGCCGGCAUGGAUCUAACAUCCAAGUUGAUGAAGUCAGAAAGCUAGUCUACUUUGAAGGCACCAAAGACUCCCCUUUGGAGCAUCAUCUGUAUGUGGUCAGUUAUGUGAACCCUGGAGAGGUGACAAGGCUGACUGACCGGGGCUACUCCCACUCCUGCUGCAUCAGCCAGCACUGUGACUUCUUUAUAAGUAAGUACAGUAACCAGAAGAAUCCACACUGUGUGUCCCUUUACAAGCUCUCAAGUCCUGAAGAUGACGCAUCUUGCAAAACGAAGGAGUUUUGGGCCACCCUUUUGGAUUCUGCAGGUCCUCUUCCUGACUAUACCCCUCCAGAAAUUUUCUCUUUUGAAAGUACCACUGGAUUCACGUUAUAUGGGAUGCUCUACAAACCUCAUGAUUUACAACCUGGAAAGAAAUAUCCCACUGUGCUGUUUAUAUAUGGUGGUCCUCAGGUGCAGCUGGUGAAUAAUCGGUUUAAAGGGGUCAAGUACUUCCGCCUGAACACCCUGGCCUCUCUGGGUUACGUGGUCGUUGUGAUAGACAACAGGGGCUCCUGUCACCGCGGGCUGAAAUUCGAAGGCGCCUUUAAGUAUAAGAUGGGUCAAAUAGAAAUCGAAGAUCAGGUGGAAGGCCUCCAGUACCUGGCUUCUCAGUAUGAUUUUAUUGACUUAGAUCGUGUGGGCAUCCAUGGCUGGUCCUAUGGAGGGUACCUCUCCCUCAUGGCAUUGAUGCAGAGGUCAGAUAUCUUCAGGGUGGCUAUUGCUGGAGCCCCAGUCACACUGUGGAUCUUCUAUGACACAGGAUACACUGAACGCUACAUGGGCCACCCUGACCAGAACGAACAGGGCUAUUACUUAGGGUCAGUGGCCAUGCAAGCAGAAAAGUUUCCCUCUGAACCAAAUCGUUUACUACUCUUACAUGGGUUUCUGGAUGAGAAUGUCCAUUUUGCACACACCAGUAUAUUACUGAGUUUUUUAGUGAGGGCUGGAAAGCCAUAUGAUUUGCAGAUCUAUCCUCAGGAGAGACACAGCAUAAGAGUCCCUGAGUCCGGAGAACAUUAUGAACUGCAUCUUUUGCACUACCUUCAAGAGAACCUGGGAUCACGUAUUGCUGCUCUGAAAGUGAUAUAAUUUUGACCUGUGUAGAACUCUGGUUGUACACUGGCUUUUUAACCAAAUGAGGACUCUUAAUAAAGGACAUAGAGAUCAUUGCAUUUUGGUACCUGACACAUACCUUCUAAAGAUCCAUUUGGUGCCAUGCAGCUCUCUACAGCUUGUGGACAGGGAUCUGACACCGUCACCACAGCGCACAAAAGCAAGUGACACACUUGUGUGGGAUGCCGCAGUGCCGUGCGGACUAUUGGCAGGAGGAGGACAGCAGCACCGUGCAUCCGUACUACCUUUUCUCACUUCUUAGAGCAUUAUAAACCUCAUGGACUUAAUUAGUGUAUUUUUACAGUUAUAAGUUUGUUCAGAUAUGAAAUUAUUAAUUGGUUUGGUUCGAUUCCAGAAUUUAUGACUAGUUAUGGAUUUGAGAGCACUUAAAUGUAAUUGAAUAACUUAUGCUUCUUUUUGGGGUGUAUCCAGCAUGUUCUGAACUAAUCACUAUUCAAUCUAUGAUUUAACCAGUCAUUCAUGAUUUUUUAAGAAUAACAUAGUGGCCUCCUAAAGACUUACUUUGUUUCAUUCAAGCUCUGGCCAGUUUUUAGCCAGUUUAAACUGUAUCUAGUAUAAAUAGUUCUCUUUGAUGAUCUUACAGAGUGGGUUUUACCUUUCUGCAUAAAAGCGAGUAACUGUAUGAGUAGCAUGGAUUUAAUUAGUCUUAUACUAUCAGUAAUUACGGGCAGAAACUUUUUAAUCAAAUGACUAGAGCUUAAAUAUUUGCAGGCAAUUUAUUUUCCCUAGGAAAAGGAUAAAGUUCACUUUCACUUGUAUUUUUCAGGAAAUAGUGGUUCUAUAAUGAAAUGUUGCAGAGUUUAAGAGCGCUGGAAAGAAAUUGUGAAGUGGGGAGACCAGGGCAUGGAGAAAAACAGGGAGAAAGUGGGAGUCUAUACACUGCCUGAGCAGAAAUGUAUCUAAUGUUACCAAAAAGUUUGGAAACGAAAUUGGAACUUUAAGUUUCUAGAAUAUCGGGCUGAAGAGAGAAUACAGCAGGUGGGAUGCUUUUCUUGCACACAGCUGGACCCAAGUUCAAUCCCCAGCAUUCUAUAUGGUCCCCACCCCAGCCUUGCCAGACGUGAGCCCCAAGAAUAGAGCCAGGAAUAAGUCCUGAGCACCUCUGGGUAUGGCAAAAAAAAAAAAAAAAAUCUGGACUAUUAAAACCAGAAUUUAAUCUUACCAUCACAGUUACAAACUAUUUUCCAGGGAGAAUUCCUUAGAGUUGAUUUUAUAAUUUUUAUUCUAAUGUAUUUUUCUUUAUUUUUAAAAAAUUUUUUCUUAAGUGGAAAAUCUUAAUUUAAACUUUUUCCAUCCUCUUAAAACGAUAUAGGUGGGGCCGGAGAUAGUACAGCAGAUGGGACGUUUGCCUUGCACGCAGCCGACCCAGGUUAAAUUUCCAGCAUCCCAUAUGGUCCCCCAGGCACCUCCAGGAGUAAUUCCUGAAUGCAGAGCCAGGAGUAACCCCUGAGUAUCACUGGGUGUGACCCAAAAAAGCAAAAUAAUAAUAAAAAUAAAAUGAUACAGGCAUAAUUUUAGCUACUACAAGUUUAAAAUGAAAAGGUUUCCCAGCAGCUUCUCACCACCAUACUUGGUCUCGGGCAAGGCAUGACUCUCAGUGCUGAAAGACCGUAAGGAGUGUUUUGACUCGUGGUUCUCACAUUAGCCUGCAAGACAACUCCUAGGCAGUGGUUUGCUGUCCUGCUGUCCUUCUGCAGCCGUGGGGUGCCAGAGGGGACGGCCGGGACAGUGGCAGAGCUGUCAAGGAGCUCACAAGCCUCUUUGGAAAAACUGCCAACGCUUUUCAAAAGUGUUUUCAAAAGUAUUCUUUUUCUUUCUCACCACCUCAGAGGCAUAAAUUUGUCCCCUAGAACAAGUAGCUUCCGCUAGUGAGGCUGUGGCUGCAUCCCAGGGGAACUUCAUCCUUGGGGCCAGGCAGAAGUGGGGGAAGUCCAGAAGCGGCAGAGUGACCUGCUCUCUGGCCUGGGGCGGAAUGGGCUGCCAGGGUCUGAACAUGUAUACUGUAUGAGUACCUCACUCUUUCUAUUGGCUGUGUAUGGAUUGAUUUUCCUGUUUACGGUAUUUGCCCUUGCAGAGAUUCAUCUAUUGUGGAUUUUGGGGGGUUGGGGGGGUGGGUUUGGGGUUUGGGUUUGGUUUAGAUUUUUUGCAUUUUUUUUUGUUUGUUUUUUUGUUUUUGCAAUUGAUUUGGGUAGUUUUCCUUCCCAGGAAGGUAUUUUCUCCCAUGACUUAAGUGUUUAUCUUUCUGAUUGAAGGUGGGUUUUAUUUGUGGCCUAUAGUUGGUCUCCACGGACCUAUCUUAAAGUUGUGAAGUAGAAAUGGUAUGCAGUGGCUUUCAGCUGCAUACUUGGAACCUCUUAUCCACGAAGGCUGUCUCUUCCAAGUGGCAUCUCUUAUUUUACCAAAACAACCUUAAGGAACCUCAUGUGCUCUUGAAUCCGCAGGUAGUUUUCCUUCUGAGUCUUUCUUUCUCCUUACCCCCCACAAGGAAAGCUUGUCGUCUCCCCACCCACCCCUUCAGUGGUACCCUCCCAAGGCACUAGACCAGAUUCACUUGCAGAAAGAUUUCACUGAGUUGAAGUUUUCAAACCAAGAUGAAAUGCAUCGUCAUCCAUUCAAGUAAUUGGUAGAAAUAUCACCCAGGCUAUGCAUACCCUGUCUGAGAGUAGCAAUGUUUUUAAAGUGAAGAGUAUUUUAAAAUUCGCAACAGUUGGGGGCUGGAGAGAUAGCACAGCGGGUAGGGCGUUUGCCUUGCACGCGGCCGACCCGGGUUCAAAUCCCAGCAUCCCACAUGGUCCCCUGAGCACAGCCAGGGGUAAUUCCUGAGUGCAGAGCCAGGACUAACCCCUGUGCAUCGCCAGGUGUGACCCAAAAAGCAAAAAAAAAAAAAAAAUAAAAUAAAAUAAAAUAAAAUUCGCAACAGUUUUGGUGAGAGUUAGGAAAUUCGAGAAAGUGCAAGUUGAAACAUCAGAUGAAUUUUGUGCAAGCCUGAGAGACAAGUGCGCUUGGACACCAGCACCCCAAGAGUUGUCUUGAGCAAGGGGUCCAGAAAUCUCUUACAGUUCAUUGUCAACACUGGGCUGGAGAGAUAACACACUUGCCUUGCAGCAGUUGACCCGGCAGAUUCAGUCUAACUCAAACAGACGCAGUCGGAUCCUCACUUUUGGAAGUUUGCAUUUGACUGAUUUGGUAGGAUACCAGGAAUCUGCAUGUUUAACAGGCCUUCCUGGAGUUUCUAAAGCAAGUCCUUGUAGACUUGAAACUCCCGUGAGGAAUGACUUGGUUUAAGAAGAUCAUAAAUGAUUUUGUUUUGUUUUAACAUUGAAUUGAUAAGAAGCUGAAGCAAUGUCAGGUAAGCUGCUCAUCGCCGACCUCUCUCUGCUGCUGCUCCCAGAGAGGGAUCUCUGCCGUGGGUCCCUGUUGCAGGACUUGGCUUUGGAGAGCGUUUCUCCCCCUCCGUGCUGUUCCUGGUUUGUGGAUGGGAAUGGAAAGCCUCAGACAUGUGGAUGAAGUCACGGUGCACUUGUGACCUUCCGAGAGACUCCGAUUUAGGUGUCAAGGCUUAGUUCUCUUUACUGCCUGUUCUGUUUUUUUAUAGAAGGCGUAGCCCAUCUCACAUAACAUUGUUCUCUCUUUAGGUGGAAUGAUUCCUGCAAGAUUUCAUUAUUAUAGGAUCAUAACAAUUCAAGUUAUUGUAUCUCUGAUAUAACCUAAUGUUCUCUUUUAUUAGAGGAGGAACCUAUGUAUAGAGAACAAGAAAUAUAUAUCUAUGGCCACGUAGCCAGUUGGGCGUUCAUUGGGUACGAAACUCCAUCCAGAUGUUCUAACUCUUGGUAGUUAAAUGUUAAUGUAGAAAAGGCAAAUUUUUAAGAAGUAUUUAUUAAUAUAUUCCUAUAAAACAUUUUAAAGAUAACAUAAAAUGGUUAAUUUUUCCAUUCUAAAGUAAAUGCUAAGCAUGCUUAUGAAUGAAGCAGAACUUCUAAUUAGUAUAUGACAUUCUGAAGUUAAUUAUUACACUAAAUAUGUCUUCCCUGGUGAGGUGAGAGAUUUGGGGGUUGGGUAUUAAGUGCUUGCUUAAGUCUGGAAACCCAACUUAAAGCUAUUUGAAGAAAGAGAAGACCCGUGACUCUCGACUGAUGGAGUGGGUGUCCAGUCCCAGCUACCUAACAGAAUCAAGGACGCUUUUUCUCACUCUCCUCCCAACCCCAUCUAGCCUCACCUAUCCGAUGGCGGCCAAAAUGUGGAGACGUGUUAGUGCCAAGUGCUCGCUCUGACUUUUCCUAUUUUGUGGAGAGACAGCUUUAGGUAAUCAUUUCAGAAGUCCCUCACAGAGAGAGUGAAGUAGUGUUUGUAUGUUUGUUUUUAAAUAACCUAAAUGCAAAUUUAUGUUGUAUUCAGCGCAAUUGGAGUUCAGGUCUUUAAUUUUAGAACAUAAAGUGCCUGCUGUUUGAAGCACUGACUUGUAUAAAAAGAGAAUUGCAUGUCUCACUCCAGUAAGUUUAUGGGUUUCUCAUUUUCAGUUACAUGGCUUUUAAUCAUGUAAAGUGGAACAUUAGUUUUGUUGCAUUUUAUUACAAGUUCUUUGUUUCAAUAAAGAUGCUGCUAAAAUUA